AUGAAAAGAAUGACUUCGGUGAAUCAGACUAUGAUGAAUGAAUUCAUUCUUCUGGCAUUUACCAACCUAGGUCAACUCCUGAUUCUCCUCUUUACUUCGUUUCUGAUUAUCUACAUAGCCACUGUGAUGGGCAACAUCCUCAUCAUUUUGCUGACAGUAAUGGAUACCACUUUGGACAACCCUAUGUACUUCUUCCUUAGAAACCUGUCCUCUGCAGAAGUUGGAUUUAUAUCAACAAUUAUCCCUAAGAUGCUUGUGAACCUUCUCUCGGAAAAAAAGACCAUCUCCUUAUUUGGAUGUAAAGCACAGAUGUAUUCUGGCUUUUUCUUUGGAACCACAGAGUGCUUUGUUCUAGUAGCCAUGGCAUAUGACCGUUUUGUUGCCAUCUGCAAUCCUCUGAGAUACAAGGUUAUAAUGAACAGGAAGCUCUGUAUGUGGCUAAUGAUAGCUGCAUGGGCCUCAGGAUUCUCUGUUGGGACUGUACAGGUUACCUGGUUGUUUAACCUCUCAUUCUGUAGAUCCAAUGAAGUUUCUCAUUUCUAUUGUGAUAUUCUACCUGUACUUCAACUGGCCUGUAAAGACACCUACAUAUUUGAGCUUUUUAUCCUCAUUGGAACGUUUAUAGUUAUAAUAUGUCCAUUCUCACUGAUUCUGGCUUCCUAUGUCUGCAUUAUUGCUAUCAUUUUGAGGAUGCCUUCAUCUGAAGGCAGAUGGAAAGCCUUUUCCACUUGCUCUUCACACAUCAUGGUAGUGAUUCUGUUUUAUGGCACAGCCAGUCUGACUCACCUGAAACUUCAGUCAAAUAAUUCUCCUUGGACUAAACAUCUUAUUUCUCUAUCAUAUGUUAUUGUCACACCCAUGCUAAAUCCCAUUAUCUAUAGCCUGAGGAACAAGGACAUGAAGGAUGCCUUCUGGAGGUUACUGAGUGGGAAAAGAUGUUGUUAA